UGAGCGUACCGCAAGGCGAGUGGAAUGUCUGCGCACCUGGCCAGUGCGUCGCCGAUCCGCUCCGGCUCUCCGAGACCUGCCUUUCCCUUCGCCUCUUUCGACCUGGCUGUGUUACGUUUUCACCGAAACCGACAGGACGCGGGACCGAGAGCGACACACGGGUGAAGACAUACGUUCUUGUCUAUCGGUGUCUCGAAUCCGGCGGAAUCGUGCAGCAGAGAAGUUUCUCGAAUUUCAAACCGUGCCCGUGGUGCCCGUGGUGCCCGUGCUCGUGCCGUUAUCGUCGAGUUUCCGCGUUUUUUCUCGCCUCGCCGCUGUCUCCGUCUUCAUCGUGCCCGUUCCUAACCUAACACGGUCGGUCUUCGUCGCAACCACGGGACGGCUCGAGUUCACGGAGGUGCGAGAGAGAUAGAGCAGACGAGCCAGAAAGAGAGAGAGAGGGAGGGAGAGCGAGAGAGAAAGGUAGGAGAAGAGAGACACCUUCGGAGAGAGGGGUCUCUCUAGCCAACGAGGGGCCGGGUUCGAUGCGCAGUCGCCAGGUGAGGCAACGACGACGUGUGCGCGCAACGGUCGGCCGGUUGUUGGCCAGUGUUGCACGAAGCCGAAGCCACUCGCGACGGCUCGCCGUCGACAGACAGACAAUCCGAUCCGCGGAGAAACGAUUCGCCUCGCGGGUGCUGCUGGCAGUUCGCGAAUCAAUCGUGCGACAUCUUCGGAAACGUGGUGGCUCGCGGAAUCCGUGCUGCUUCUAGACGAACGCGCUCUUGUGUAUCGUUCGUCAGGAUAUCGCGAUCGGAAUUGGAGUCGAUGCGACAUCGGUAUCGGUAUCGGUUUGCCGGCCCAUAACCUCCAAGAGAAGGAACAGGCGACCAGAACACCAUUGGCAGGACAACGGACGGAGGUGUACCCGACAUGCCGCGCAUCGCCCGACAGGAUCGCGGGAGUCAGUGAAUUGUUAAAAAAAAGUGCGUAGUCCGGUGGUGGAGCACAGGUAUCCAGGACACGGUGGCGCGUUCGUCCUCGUUCCUAUCGCGUGAAAAGUGCUGGAAAAAAAAGGAAUAAAGUCUCCGUCGAACGUUCGGUUUCUGGUGUGUCACGUUGCUGCUGCUGCUGCUGUUGCUGCUCUGUAGUGGGAAUAUAUAUAAUUCAGUGUUGACACGGAGGAACGACGGGAACCGAAACUCGCCCGGACAAGAUGCAGACCACGGGCGCGAGGGGGCCGACCCACCUGGUCGCCCUUUACGUGGCCACCGCCGGUCUCCAGGGUAACGCUCUCGGCUCCGACGAGGAGGAAAUCACGCUGCUGAUCUACGUGCUCGUCGAUGUACUGCAGAACAAGGUGCUGGGAAGGCAACAGUCUAUCGUGCGGCCCAUGGUAAUGGACGAGAGCUGCACGCCUGGCACUGGCAGCGACAACCCGGCGGUCGCCGGAAGUAGCGGCGUCAUCAGCGAAGCGGCGCUGGCUCACGCGCCAGCGUUGACCGAGAAAGCAGUUCGGGAAUACGGAAUCCCCCUCGAACAGGUCAUCGAGCAGUUUGAAGCAUGGUGGUCGUCGAUGUCCUGCGUGACGUCCGGUUCCUCGCCGCGUUUCGUCGUGGACGGACAAGCGCCUCUGAGACAAUGCCUCCACCCAGAAGCCUGCAACAAAGACAUCGAGCUGCCGGAACACUACAACCAGUUCCACGAUCUCCGCAAAGAAUUCGUCGCCUGUUAUUCCACCCACGGGGAGCUCUCGACCUUUGGAAUACAGGAGAUGCUGGAAUAUUUUGGUUUGCCGUCGGACACGGAGAACGAUUAUCAUGUGAAGGAGAUGCAGGACAUGAUCAGCGUGAUACAGAGAAUGAUCAAAGAUGGUCACGUCUUCCAAACCCCCGAAGUAGUCAACAUUGUUUUAGAACCUGGUAUAUGCUCAAAAGAUGAAGAAGUGGAUAACGGUUGUGUAGUGAGAGCACGUGGUCUACCUUGGCAAUCGUCCGACCAGGACAUAGCAAAAUUUUUUCGUGGCCUAAAUGUUGCCAAGGGUGGCGUAGCGUUGUGUUUGAGUCCUAUGGGAAGACGGAACGGCGAGGCGUUGAUCCGAUUCGUUAACAAAGAGCACAGAGACAUGGCGUUGAAGAGACAUAAACACCAUAUGGGAGGACGUUACAUCGAGGUGUACAAGGCUUCCGGCGAGGACUUUGUCGGUGUCGCGGGCGGCACGAGCGGUGAAGCUCACGCAUUUUUGUCCAGGGGAGCUCAGGUGAUUGUCAGAAUGAGAGGGCUGCCGUACGAUUGCGUCGCCAAGCAAGUGCUCGACUUCUUCCUGUCCGGUCAAAAGCCCUGCCACGUGUUGGACGGCGAGGACGGAGUGCUGUUCGUGAAGAAACCCGACGGCAGAGCGACCGGCGACGCGUUCGUGCUGUUCGCGAAGGAAGAGGACGCCGUGAAGGCUCUGAGCAAGCACAGAGAUUGCAUCGGUACCCGGUAUAUCGAACUGUUUCGAAGCACAAUCGCGGAGGUGCAACAGGUGUUGAACAGGGCGAUCGACCCGAAGCAGGUGGUGCUUCCGACCCCGCCGAUUCCGCAGCUUCCACCGAUUCUUCCCCAGCAUAUCAUCACGUCCGGCACGCGCAAGGAUUGCGUGCGGUUGCGCGGCCUCCCUUACGAGGCUCUGGUCGAGCAUAUUCUAGAGUUCAUGGGCGAGCAUUCGAAGAAUAUCGUCUACCAAGGUGUUCAUAUGGUAUACAAUGCUCAAGGUCAGCCGUCCGGCGAGGCGUUCAUCCAGAUGGACAGCGAGAGCUCGGCGUUCGCAUGCGCGUCGCAGCGGCAUCACCGGUACAUGAUCUACGGGAAGAAGCAACGGUACAUCGAAGUGUUCCAGUGCAGCGGGGACGAUAUGAAUCUGGUAUUGACAGGUGCGGUAACGCCGCCGUCGACCAAGGCUCUGCUAUCACCCGGUACGUUGACCACACAAACUUCCGCGACAUUGACGCAUCCGCAUCCGCACCCGCAUCCACCGCCGCCGACGCCGGUGCCGGUGCCGGUGCCGACGGCGCAGCCUCCCUUGUGGGACAUUCACGCGUUAGUACAGGCUCAGGCGCAAGCACAGGCGCAAGCUCAAGCCCAGGCUCAGGCGCAGGCGAUCCGAAAUCAGGACUUUUGGCUGAUGGCCUUGGCCUCGAACCCGCCGCCCACCUCUACCACCCCAUCUCCGACAUCGUCGGUCACGACUAAAACACUGGCCCUGCCCGGACCGAAUCCUCAACAUCAAAUCCCGGCGUACGCGAUGACUCCCCCGGCCGCAGCCGCAGCCGCCGCGGCCGCGGCCGCGCUCCAUGCUCAACCGCCGACACACACGCCGUUCCUCUUGUUCAAUGUCCCAUCCAGAAUCCCGAUUCUGAGGGCUCCGACGCCUCACAGUCUCUUGACGCCCAUCGUCCAAGCGGCGCCCAUCAAUCACGCCGCUAUCAUGGGUCUGAAACGCACCUGGGAGUCCGCGUUCCCACCGGAAUCACCUGGCACUGUCGCGAAACGAGCCACCUGGCACACACCAGCGACCGCGUUCGCCCAAACGCCAGCCGCCGCGCCGGGCUUGCCUUAUCCUGCUCAAUUUUAUCCGCAGCUUUGAUCGAUCCGCGCACACCAAACCGCACCCGAAAUCUUAGCCGUCGAACGCGUGCUCAUUUAUACACUAACGUGUUAUACAUAGUUUUCUACGCCGCCUAGAUCGGCUCUCUUCUCCGAGCGAACCAGUUUACCUAGCAUUUCUUUUUAAGAAAUAAAAGAUAGACGUUCGUCCAACGUCUCCCGUUCCGUGUAGCCAGGCUAUUCGACACGGCCAGAGGAUUGAUCGGGUCGUUAACGUGAUUCCAUUUUUCCACGAUCGUGCGCGCUACAUUAUUCUAUUCAUGGUAGUUAUAUAUCUAAAGACAUUCCGCACGAUGCUGUCGUUUUGAGAGGUCUUCGAACCCUCAUCUACCGCGACUGGAACGUGCACGGUGCCCCCUCGGUCGACUUUAUCGCCGGCAAACAUCUCUGUCGGUCUCGCCGAGUCUCUUUUUCUAGAUCAUCAUUCGUUUCUCCAGGAUUCGGAACAUUCGAAUUCGCUGUAAUUAUACAUAGGAACUUGUCUGUUCGGGCGAUAGAGUCGCGCGCGCCGAUCGCUCUUUUCUCAUACUCGUUUUUCCAUUUUGAUACUUAUCGACGAGCAACAGUACUUAGAGUGUGUUACGUGUUAUAUUCUUCUAUAUAUAUAUAUAGAUAUAUAUAUUUUUUUCCUUUUUGGUUUCCAAAGGUUCUCCCGACGAUCGGUAAAUUCGUCGCGUUCUAUUCGUUGCCUCGUCUUUUAUCGUCGCGAGGCGCAACAAAAGUGCCUUGAAACUCUCGAACGAGGUCUCUUCCUCUUUUAGAUUUCUUUUCUCGGAGGUCGCCGCGCGAUUUAUAUGCAUAUGUAAAUAUAUACAUAUAAAUUUAUAUAUAAAUAUACAAAGUAUCUGAGCGAAGAUGCAGAAACAUAUACAUAUAUACAUGCGUAUAUCUAUGAAUAUAUACAGACACACAGAGUCCGUGUGUUCAUUUAUACAUGCAUGUAUAUACGUGUAUGCGAUAUAAGAACGAUUUAUAUAUUUUGCUAGAAAUAUUUUUAUUAGCAAGUAAGCAAUGGACACAUUCCAUCCAAUGUUAACGAGUUUUUAAGCUCCGAUAUCCGACGCGGAGGGUAGCUUCUCCGUUAUCACGCGGCAUCUACUUUACACGCAUAUCCUUAACAUACAAACGGAGAUACAAAUUCCACGAUCCAUCUCAUAGAUCUAUAUUCUAUCCAGAGAUCGUUGAAAGGCUCGACCAGGAGCCAGGGAAACUUCUGAUCGUAGGAUAAACGUAGUCCGCGCGCCAUUUGGACAGCCGCGAAGGAUUUGACGAAUGCGUUAUUCAGGGCUCGAAGUUCGUCGUUCACUUUGAAGAAACCGUAUCGUUUCGACAGACGCGCGUCGCCGUGAUUCGCGGUCGAGUAUCGAGAAGUACUUAUUAAGUAAUCGUACGUUCCCAGUUCGGUGUCGGGCGGGAUCCUUUCAUCCCCGCGGUUUGAAUUCGUGAUAAUCGGUGGGCAAUCGGAUAAGAGCCGAAUAUCGGUGUCGAGAGCGUGCGGGCGAAAUAGCUCGUCGAUCCGAUCGAACACUGCCAUGCCCGGGAAGAUCUUCCAGUUGCGUUCUCACCUUUCCCUAGGCUGUGUGUAGGCCCGUGAUCGGCGCUCUGCGAGACCUCCCACGAUUUCAGGGAACCCAUGACGAUAGAGUUUGAAAAUCGGUUUCGAUCCCGGCGCGAUCGCGUGGCCAGCGAAGUGCUAUCGGUGAUCACAAUUUCUUCUUGCCACGCGUAUCCCCGUGCUCCUUUUCUUCCCCCCCCCCCUCCUUCUCUUUAUUUCGUUCGCAUACAACUCGGCAACGACGAGAGAAACGGGCGCGAUCGACAGUGAACGCUCAAACGCUCGUCGUUGCCUCGACGGUCCAAAGUCCACGGGUACAGAGAUGACUGUUUCGCAUGUCGUGGUUUUGUUGAGGGACGCGCGUACAACGAGUACCUGUAACCAUCUUUCUCCGUCAGCCGUCGUCCGAUUACGCGAUGGUGUCGUUUUCGUCCUCUGUUUCGCUCGACCGUCGCUGGAGCUGCGCGCGCAAGUAUUCGGUCGCGGCGCGUCGCCGUCCUCUGCGAAACACGAGUUCAUCGUUCAGAUGGAAGAUGGAGUUGGACACGUUCGCUCGUUCCGAUCUCUCGAUCGUCUCCUCGCCUCCCAGACUGUCCGAGACACUUUCUCUCCCGUUCCAGACUCUCUCCUCUUCCACGAGCUCUCCCGAUCCCCUUCGAUCCCGCAAACGUACACACCCACACACACAGUUCUACUCUCGGUUUGACAGGAUGCGGGAUUAGCGUAUCGCAUAUACACAGAGUCGAGCAGUAGUAUACUUUGGUACACGCGCCGCCAGCCAGAAGCGUUCGGUCGCUUCGGAAAACAGUUCCGGUCGAGUUACGAAGACGACACACGCGACUUUCGUAGAAGUGCAAUAAAUUCGAGUUCCUCGACGGAGCGAACCGUUCUACGGCCGCCGAACGCUUCUAGCCUGGUAGCUAAAGUCCUGUUUCGUCGUUACGAAGCGCCGGAGGCGGCCGCGACUUCCGGUCCACGCGUGCUCUAUGAAACCGGAAGUCGCGGUCACGAUCCUGCAGACGCGACUCCGAGAAUCGGGUAAUGCCUGCCGAUACUAUUCACCGUCGGGAUUACGCUUCCUGAGUCGGCUUCAUCUAGCAUUAAUAGACAUCUUAGAAACUAGAUCCGCGGUGGCGACGCCAGGCGGGGGAUCCGCUAAUUAGCGUGGACCACCAUGACGGUGAUCAUUAGACUGCGGAUCUUUGUGCCGGAGAAGAACGGGGAUGUCGAACAGAAAUUUCUUUCGAUGAUUUUAAGACGUUCGAGACUUUUACGCGACGAGAAUUAUCCGCUUCCCUGUUCGUUGCUUCGAAUUGUGCUUACUCGUUUCUGCGAAGCGUGCAUAAAAUCCGCAGUCUAGCGAACCGAAGCAUUCCAAUCGGCCGAAACUUUGGAUCCCUCGUUUCGCAUCCCUCCGUUGCACAGCGCUCUGGAAUAUGGUGAUUUUUGGCCAACGAGAGAACAUUAUUAAACAUUAUUCAAAUUGACAUUGAAAUUAACAUAGAAUUUUAGGUUAUGUCAAGGUCAAGGUUAUGUCAAUACAAUUUUAGGUUAUCGUACGAUUUCUUCUCUAACGCGCUAUAAAAUUUAAGAGAAACUGACUUUUGGUCGGAAACUGCGCCGUUGCAGAGCGCUGCGCGUUGGGGCGUACCUUGGUGAGUCUUCGGACGCGAGUCGAAUGUAUCGCGACUGGAUCGCGGGCGUCGCGAUCCGAUUUGUCGGAUGUUCGGCGGAUCGUCGACGCCUUCCGUCCGUCGCGUCGAGAUCUUUUCUCUGAAACACGGCGGAGCUCCGUUCAUCGACGAAGAGAGGACGGGCGUCUCGGUGUACGGAUGGACGGAGCUCCGCUGGCACUUUCGUCACAGAUCACUGGCGGGACCGUAACGGUAAGAUGCGCCUACUCGAUGAAACGAGACACAUCGAACGGGCGGGAUUAUGCGCCGGUGCUCGAACAUAUCCGAGCCGCGUGCAUUCGCGGACGUGUUUAACGCGUUAAGCGUCGCGUUCGAAUGUCAUCCAUUGUGUGAUAAAUGUGUUCGAUUUAAUCAAUUAAAUUGCUUCGACUUCGAGAGGGAAUUUUAGCCGAUUCUCGUGGCGCUGAACGUGUUAAAAAACGAGAAGAAA